AAACUCAAAAUAUUGUGACUUUUGGCGAAUCGUUUAUUUUUGUAAAAAGUCAAAUUUAGAAUUGAUUUCAGAUCUAAAAUGUCGCUUGAUGUGCCUUCUAACUCAGGGCCUAGCAAAUCAAUAUGGGAGGUAGAUGCUGAUCAAAUGGAGGAAAGAAUUAAAGCCCGAAGAGAACGUAUACAAACAAGGAUACAAGCAGCCAAGAGAUUAACUAAGCUAAUGAAGAUUCAAAAAUUAAUGGGCUUUAAGGGCGACGACGAAGAGGAAAAUUUUGUCCGCGAAGCUGAUACCAAGGGUUCCAAGGAGAUCCACAACAUGCUUCAGAAUGGAAACGAGUUGGUUUCCAAUAUUCAAGUUGCUACGCAGAACUUGUAUUGUCAACACAGAGUCAGGACAGAAGACAAGAGUAAAGAGAUCACCAGCAUACUAGAGGAGGAGGAUAGAGAGAUGAUUGUCAAGUUCAAGAAGAUAAUGUCAUCAUGGCCUACACAGGUGGAGAAAUUACGCGGUGCUCCAGUUGAACUCUUUGAUGAGAUUCUUUCCCAAAAAGAGCUCUGCAGUGAACUCUUGAGGAGCAAGAAUUCAAUGAUAGAAAUGUUAGAAGCAGAAAACAGGGAUGCAGAUUCCAACUACAAGCUUCUCAUAGAACAAUACCAUAUCAAUGUCAAUGAAAUAUCAGGGAGAAUGGAAGCACAUGCUCAAGCAUUUGAAAAUAUUUUGAAGACAGAGCACACCAACAUUGACACUGCCUUUGACAAACAGAAAAGUGACGCCAUUAGCAGGGGAGAACGAGCCUGGACAGCUUUACUUGAAGGAGCUACAAGAACCAGUGAAGAAUUAAUGCAGGAAAGACUAGAUUUGGUUUAUGAACAAGAACAAGAGCUGAAUGAUCUAAUUAUAGUGGAUUAUGAAAAGCUUGCAGAUACAAGAACAAGAAUGGAAAUGAUAAUAAGAGAGUUAGAGGCACAAAUUCAGACUGUGGCAUCAAUCACAUAUCUUAACUCAGAAAGACUAGAUUAUGAGAUUCAUGUGUUGAACAAACAUGAAGAAGAAAAUGCCAUCAUUAAAUCUGAACAGAAGAGAAAAAUUACAAUUCUUCAGGACACCUUGAGUAAGCUGAAAGGAAGAGUGAAGGAUGCUGCUAAAAAUAAGAAAAAGGAGAAACAACUGCUUCUAGAGAGCAUUAAAACUAUUAAAAAGCAAAUAAAGGAAUUACAGAUCAAGCAGAAGAAAUGCGGUGUUCAAAGUGCCAAGACAAGGAAUGAAAUGAACAGAAUGAUGAAACAGGAGGCUCACAAACUCCUGGAUGAAAUAUCCGAAAAUGAUGAUGUUCUUCAGAAGCUCUAUCUGAAGAGACCUUUUGCAGAGGCUGCAAUGGCCAGAAGAGCAUCAGAGUAUACAUUCAUUUAAAGGGACUGUAAGCAUAAUUUCAUUUGACUCUCCAUGCAAAGAUGGCAAUACCCGAUUCGCAACCGUACCAUUAAAACCUGUGUCAAAUUGGAAUUCGGCAUCAAUUUUUAUUAUUUUGAAAACUGAUUAUUUUCAAUAGUAGUUUUUCUACAAAAGAUGCUUGUGCAAUGUACAUUUCUGAAGGACUACAUGACGGAAAUAUCUUUUAUACGACGAAAAACGAAAAAAAUAUCUUACACAUUAUUUAUCGGACAAAGGUUUCAAUGGUACCGUUGUAAAUCGGACAUUGCCAUCUUUGCAUGGAGGUUCACUUGAAAUUACGCUUAUACACAUACAGUCACUUUUUUAUAGCUUUCCCGACGAUCCCGAAAAAACAUGACAAUUCAAAGAUGACAAAAAAAUGUUUUUGAAUACUUGAAAAUAGAUAAAAUACCAUUUAAAACAGACUUUUAUUUUAACAAUUUAUUGUCAUGGCCAGUUUUGAUUACGAUAUGUCCACCAACUAAAGUAAUUCAUGCAUAUUUGAUAAUUAUACUUUAAUAUCUCACAUUACACUCACAUACAAGGAUAUGAUUAGUUUAGUGUACAGUACUGUACCCUUUUGUCGUCUAAAGGUCAAUAUCUUUACACAAAAAACUAGCUGGCUGAAAGU